AUGCCCAAGUCGUUGAAGAAAUCCUGCAGCGCCCAGACCUCCAUCAGCAGGUACUUUGGAGGACAGCACAGCAGCAGCAGCAGGACUCAGUGUGGGAUUAAACCAAGUCCUGCGGAUCACCUGCAGCGUGCAGGAGGCAAGCUUUGCUCUGAUGGUGAUGUGGGAUUGCCAACUAAACGAGCCAAGCUGUCUCCCAAAGGCCAGCAGCUGGAGGACCUGGAGUGUGAAUCUGCCUCCUGUCAGAGCGAUAAAGACACGAAGCGACCGUCCAGCCGAGGAGGAGGCAGCCUCUGCUCGUCCACCUUGGAGAAGCUAAAAGGCUUCACCUGCGGCGCUGAUGGUCCGAGCAGUAAAGCCGGAGGCCAAGGAGGCGGCGCUCGGCCUCCGUCUGCUGCUCCAGAUCCACACAGCAUCGCAAACAGACUGCAGCAUGCAGAGGAAGAGUGUGAGGAUGAGGAGGAGGAAGAACAGGAGAGCUCGGGGCUGGCUGCUACGAAACAGGACUUCUGCUUGUCUCAGUUUGCCAAGUCAAGAGGAGGAGGAGGAGGAGGAGGAGGAGGAGGAAAGGAUGCCGAGCCGAGUCCCCCGUCAGAGUCUAGCGCCGCCUCCAGGCGUUCAAAGAGUGUCUACACUCCUCUGGAGCAGCAGGUCGUCCAGCUGAAGCAGCAGCACAAGGACGCCCUGCUGGCUGUGGAGUGCGGCUACAAGUACAGGUUCUUUGGAGAGGAUGCAGAGACUGCUGCCAAGGAGCUGAACAUCGUCUGUCAUCUGGAUCAUAACUUCAUGACGUGCAGCAUCCCCACUCACCGGCUAUUUGUUCACGUCAGACGCCUGGUGUCUCACGGCCACAAGGUUGGUGUGGUCAAGCAGACGGAGACGUCUGCGAUCAAAGCUUCAGGGGCCAAUAGGAACAGUCUGUUCACUCGCCAGCUCAGCGCCCUGUACACCAAGUCCACUCUGGUGGGAGAGGACGUAAACCCCGUCUGCAGACUCGGGGAUGUGGAGGAGGGGGCCUGUGGAGACGUGGUGCUGGACCCUCCUGACAGCUUCCUGCUGUGCAUCAGUGAGAACUGGGACAAACCGAGGAAGCAGCUCACUGUGGGGCUGGUGGCCGUCCAGCCCAGCACAGGAGACGUCUUACUGGACUGUUUCCCUGACGGCUCUUCUCGCUCUGAGCUGGAGGGUCGGGUCCUGAAGAUCAACCCUGUGGAGAUCCUGGUGCCCUCGGACCUCUCAGAACAAACCCUCAGACUCCUGCACAGCAUCGCCAACGCCAGCGCUCAGGCCGAUGACCGGGUGAGAGUUGAGAAGAGGGACGGCGCUCAGUUCGAGUUCGCCUCGGCCAUGAACACGGUCACAGAGUUCUACUGCCACUCCCAGGAGAAAGGCUCUCGCUCUCUGUCGAGCGUCGCGUCCUUAGAGAGCCCCGUGAUCUGCUGUCUGGGGCCGCUCAUCCGGUACCUCCAAGAAUUCAACUUGGAAAGAGUUCUUAGGAGCGAAAGCUCGUUCCGGCGUCUGUCCUGCGAGUCGGAGGGUCUGAUCCUCAGCGCCGCUACGCUCAGGAACCUGGAAAUACUCAACAAUCAGUUGGCAUGCAGCGUCGGGGUGAAGCACCUCCUCGUGACACAUUUCCCUCCAAGUUUUCAUUACCGAAGGGUCAAGACUGAUCUGAGCUUCUCGUGGUUGGGGAACAAGACGGAGCUGUUCUCGGAUCUGUCCGGCUUCCCGGUGCUGCAGGAGAGGACGGAGCAGAUCCAAAGCGUCCUCGGUGAGAUUCAGGACCACCGCAGAGAGGUCCGGCUGACGCUGAAGGCCCCCGCACUCGACUACACGGCCGUCUCUGGACAGGAGUUUCUGAUUGAGGUGAAGAACUCGCUGUCAUCCGCUGUUCCACGUGACUGGGUCAAAAUCAGCAGCACCAAGGCAGUCAGCAGGUAUCACUCUCCGUUCCUGGUUGACCGCUACAAGAAGCUGCUGCAGCUCCGAGAGCAGCUGCUGCUCGACUGCCAGAGGGAAUGGACCAAUUUUCUGGAUCAGUUUGGGGAGCACUACCACACCAUGAAAAGGGCUAUUAGUCACCUAGCAACCGUGGACUGUCUCCUGUCAUUGGCUGAGGUGGCCAAACAAGGGGACUAUUGCAGGCCAGAGGUGUGUGAAAAUCAGCACCAGAUUAUGAUCAGGGACGGCAGACAUCCGGCUAUAGACUUACUAAUGGGAGAGAACAACCAGUAUGUGCCCAACCACACUGAGCUACAGGGUGAUGGCAGGAGAACCAUGAUCAUCACCGGGCCUAAUAUGGGGGGUAAGAGCUCCUACAUCCGCCAGGUUGCCAUUAUCUGUGUCAUGGCUCAGAUGGGCUCCUAUGUUCCGGCCUCUGAGGCCCGUCUGGGCGUGCUGGACGGCAUUUACACCAGGAUGGGGGCUUCAGACAACAUCUAUAAAGGACGCAGUACGUUCAUGGAGGAGCUGACGGAGGCUUCGGAGAUCAUUUCCCGCGCGACGGAGCGUUCGUUGGUCAUCCUUGACGAGCUGGGACGCGGCACGAGCACCCACGAUGGGAUCGCCAUCGCCUACGCGACGCUGGAACACUUCAUCAGAGAUGUGAAAGCUCUCACCCUGUUUGUAACCCAUUAUCCUCCUCUGUGUGAGCUGGAGCGACUGUAUCCUGAGCAUGUGUCUAACUACCACAUGGCUUUCUUGCUUAAUGAACCCGACAUCGCUGCUGACGAUGAGGAGAUUCAGCCGGAGUUCAUCACCUUCCUCUACCAGCUGACUGGAGGAGCUGCAGGACGGAGCUACGGCCUGAAUGUCGCCCGACUGGCCGACAUCCCCGAUCCGAUACUGCACACUGCCGCUCGCAAAGCCCGAGAGCUGGAGAGCAUGGUCAAUGCCAGGAGGAAAAGUAAGAAACUCCUGUCAGAUCUUUGGAGCAUCUCUGACAGGUCGACCCUCACCGAGUGGCUGCAGUCGAACUCCUGACGUCGCUGCAGCAGAACAUACAGCUGAAGACAUUAAUGCGGUUUUCGGCAGAAAAACUGACUCCGAGAGGAACAUACACUAAAAUGUGUUGGAGGAGGUUGAUGCUGCACUUUUAGCUGCUGUGUGAAAAGGAUUUUAAACACUCAGGCUCUGGUUCUCACCAUCAUGUGUACUGUAACCCAGCUGUCAUUAGUUAACAGCAACUGAUCAAGAUUUUACCGACCAGCACUGCAUCGUGGCAUCAGUGUGUUUGGUGAUUAAAUAAAGAAAGAAGUCACACUUG